GUAUAUCAAUAUCAAAAUUCAGCAGUUUACGAAUUCGACCUAGCGUGCGACGAAUGGCGUUGGUUCCUAUUCGGUUUCAUGCCGCUGCUUGGCAUGACUGUGUCUCUGCCAGUAGCUGGCAUCGUGUCGGACCGGUGGGGCCGCCGCUUCGCCCUUUCUAUCACGGCUUUCAACAUGGCCUGGAUCAAUGCUGCGCGCUACUGGGCUGACUCCUACACUGUCUUCAUUUUCAUUGGAUUUUUGGGGAGUGCUUUUGGAUCGGGUUGCAUGUCGUGCUGUUAUACAUUAGCGCUGGAACUUGUCAGCCCCACACGCCGCAUGACUGCUGUGAGCAUACUCGCCAGUUGCACCUGUCUAGGAGCAUUGGUCAAAGGCCUAAUAGCGUGGACACAGCCUUACUGGCGACACCUCAUCCUCAUGCUGUAUCUACCAAUGUCAAUCAGCAUUACCUAUUUCUGGGUCGCACCGGAGUCUGUGAGGUGGUUAAUGAGCAAAAAGCGCUACGAAGAAGCAAAAACCAUUUUGCUAAAAGCAUCUAAAAUGAACGGAAGACUUUUAUCAGACGGUACUUUAAAGAAAAUGACUGAACGUGCAAACUCUGCGAAGUCAAAGGAAAAUAAUGAAAGUGCUCACGGUAUUGAACUGGCUCUGUACCUGCUCUCCAAAUUCUGCGCAGCGGCCACCUCUAACACGAUGGUCGUGUACAAAGCAGAGCUAUUCCCCACUAUCUAUCGCAGCCGGAUCACAGGAUUCACCUCCACAUUUGCUAGAAUCGGUGGAUUCACUGCACUGCUUAUACCCGCUAUGGCUGAUCGCAUAUGGCACUACCUACCGAACGUCUUAUUCUGCGUUCUGGCAUUCGUCUCCGCUGUGCUGCUAUUGUUUACCCCUGAAACUCUAGGCGCCUCUCUGCCCGAAAACAUGGAAGAUGCGGCCCGGCUUGGCGAAGACCAAUCCUCUGUAGUUAUGGGUUUUAUAAGAAGAAUCAUUUAUAGGAAACACUAUGAUGUUCGUCAUGAUAUUGGGCAUCCGGAUGUAGGAGAAAAGGCUUAAAUAGUACAUUACGAUACAACUACGUAAAAAAGGAAGUUCGAAACGAGUGGCGAUAAAUUAAAAC